UGCCUGUAUUAAAUCUGCAUCACAUAAAUGUGCCUCCAGGGUAUAGUUUCUGGCGGCUGUACAUCCAGUGUGUAGUAAAAGUUGUGGGCUAUUGACACCAUCAUGGCAUCUGCACCCACAAUGUUACAGUUAAACUUUAUACCACAACUGGCUUUGCUUUUGGGUAUUUGCAGCGGGGCGACCGGAUGAAACGCAGCGCAGGCCUGGAAGAUUUAAAAGUGAAGUCCAACAAUGAUGUUCAGAGCUGCAGGCUACAAAAGCGAAGAGGUCCUCCUCGGCAGGAUCAUUUUUGGAGCUUUCCUUCACUCUUACUUCCUACAGGCACCUCUCCAACCCCUCAUUUUUACAGUGCUGUAAAAGAGGCUGUAAAACCAUGCAUUGUGCGCAGUUAUUGGGGACAGCUUUCAGCAAACCGACCAGUUAAACUGGGGCUGCUGGCUACUUGGGAGCAUCGCAGCUCUCGGUCAUUACUUGUGAAUAAAUUCCUUACUUUAAAAAAAAAAAAAAAAACCUGCAACUAGGAUGCAGCACCUUCCUCUCAGAAUUUUCUCUUUACUUGGACUAAAACAAAAUAUACGACGCAUUAGAGCAGGCUGCUCGGUCUGGGAGGAGUCUGCAGUCGGCUGGUGUUUUAAUUGGCUGCAGACUUCAGUGAGAAGCGUGAGUAUCAGUAAUUAUCCAGCAAUGUUUUUGCACAAGAAAUGUCAGCCAGAGAGGGCCAUCUUCAUCCGCCGCCAAAUAGCAGCGCGACGAUGUCAUGUCCCAACAACCAGGCUGGAAACUCGUUCUUCGUGGACUCUUUAAUCAACGUGAGAGCCGACGGCGCUCCGUAUUACCAGAGUAGCAGUCUCUAUUUGCCGCCGGCCGCGGAAUAUUCAUACGGACUGUCCGGCGGCUCGUGUUUCCCGGCCGUCGGCAAGCGCGGUGAGCCGACGACGCAAAGCAUGAUCCCGUCCUCGGUUCCGUACGUUCAGGGCAUGGAGACGUGGCUGGAAACGUCCAGGUCCUGCCGGGUGGAUCAGCCCUGCGGCGGCCAGCAUUUGGCUCAGUGUUCGUUCUCGCCGAGCAUAAAGGAGGAGAGCGCCUGCUGCCUUUAUGAGUCAGACAAACUGCCCAAAGGAGCGACGGCGGAUGACAUAUCCUACUCUAGCGCGUCCUGCCCCGUCGCCCCCGGCAGCACCGUGCCAGUCCCGGGCUACUUCCGCCUGUCCCAGACCUACGCGUCCUCCAGGCUGUAUCAUGAUGUUCAGCCGGACAUGAAUCACUUCAGUCUGCCGCGACCCGGCCGCUUUGAAGGCCAGCCCUCCCAGCUGCCGUCCGCCUCUGCGGAGCCAGAGCGCGCCAAGACCGACGAGGAGGCGCCCGUCUCUGCGCCGUGCGCCCCGGCCAGGGAGGAGGAGGACAGCCGGCUCUCCUCGGAGAGCUCUUCCUCUACGGAGCCCGCUGAGACGUGCGGCGCGGAGUGUCCAGACAAGUCCGUAAAAGGUGACGGGAAGAUGGAGAGCACGGCCAACUGGCUGACAGCAAAGAGCGGCAGGAAGAAGCGCUGCCCCUACACCAAGCACCAGACUCUGGAGCUGGAGAAGGAGUUCCUCUUCAACAUGUACUUGACUCGGGAGCGUCGCCUGGAGAUCAGCCGCAGCGUGCACCUCACCGACAGGCAAGUCAAAAUCUGGUUCCAGAACCGGAGGAUGAAACUGAAAAAGAUGAGCCGCGAGAACAGGAUCCGGGAGCUCUCCAGCAACUUUGGGUUUUCGUGAGACUUUGAUGGGAAACGCCCUCCUCCUCUUCUUCCACCUCCUCCUCCUCCUCUCCUCCUCCUCCUUCUCCUUCUCCUCCACCCAAACUGUGAGCGCGCCCUUGGAGAAACGGGACCCAACUGCUAACUUAUUGAUCAGAGCUGUUCUUGUCGUGGAUUUGUAUUUAUACAUGGUCACAUUUGAUCCAUCCCUGUACACACUGUGCGCUCAAAUGUGAGCGAUCCAUUGGAUUCUGCAUGCUGGACUGACCACUGGCUCAUCUGUGUUACGGUUACAUGUAGGCCUUAAUGUGAUGGCUGAAAAAAAAAAACCCUGACAAACAAUAGGUCUGGUGAAUAUUCGCACAUUUAGCUGCUCAGAUAAAUAAAAACAAUGUAGCCCGCAGACGUCUGAUUUCGCUCACAA